UUGCCCCAUUCUAACCCGUGUUGCUUAGGACGGAGUUCCUAAUAUUUCACACUUCUUGCGAGAUGCUGCGAGGCUCUUAUUUUUGUCGACCUGGGCAGUGAGGUAUCUGUGAAGGCCAGACUAAUAAGCCUCUCUGAGAAGGCGAGACUCUCAGUUGGAGAAGCAAUGGGAAACCAGGACGCCAGGAAAAUUGCGUGGAUCUGCAACCUGGUAAGUCAUCAUUUGAAGGCGAUCCGACUCGACUGUCGCGAAGUGCGGCUGGAUCGCGGAGAACGGAGCGCGAACGAAGAUGGGAACGGACCCGUUGCGGCUUUGCGAGAGGCAGUCCCGCCCUCGCGCCUAGCAGCCUCGAUUCCCCGCAGGCGAGAGAGCCGGCCAGGAAGGGCAGAGGGCGACGCGAAAGGGGGGGGUGGAGGGAGAGGCGUCAGCAAAAGCUGAGCGCUGGUGGGCGCGCUCCCCAACCCUUAUAAAAGCCCGGGGCUUCCCCACACCCGUCCUGGACUAGAUCUGCAACGGGAAAGCGGCGGCGCCCUGUCUUCCUGAUCGGGGGCCCCAGGAGAUCAAUUGCAGGUUUGGUCUUACCAAUGGACUAUAAAAAUGCACCCGAGAACAUCAAGGUCAAUAUUCCAAGCUCAAAUGCCUCUCUGCCACCCUCCACAUCUGGCACUAACUUCUUAGGACAACAGACUGGGGCAACUUUGGGGAGACCUGCAGCAGCCAAUGCUGCCCGAGAGCGUAGCCGAGUGCAGACCCUACGACAUGCCUUCUUGGAGUUACAGAGAACUCUUCCCUCUGUACCACCUGACACUAAGCUCUCCAAGUUGGAUGUAUUGCUUCUAGCCACCACCUACAUUGCCCAUCUCACCCGCAGCUUGCAGGAUGAAGAAGAAUUGCCUGGCAAGGGCUUGGGAACCCUGAGAGGGGAUGGCUACCUACACCCUGUUAAGAAAUGGCCAAUGAGAUCACGCCUAUACAUUGGAGCAUCAGGACAAUUUUUGAAUCCCUCAGUGCAAGCAGAAAAUGUAAAUCAAGGAGAAACCUCAACAAAUUCUCAAAUUUAAUCCUUUAAUCCCAUUUUCUUAAAUGCUGUUGUAUUUAUUAUUCCAGAUAUAUUUAAAUUGAGUCUUCCAAUAUCUGUGAUAUUUCUUCCAAUUGACCAGCAUCCCUAGAUGGUAGACUUGAAAUUCAGCAUAUUAGUUCGGAUUGCUUUUUUCACAGCCAGGGACAAUGUGUUCAUCUCGAUUGUGCAGUAGAAUUACAUAGCUAUUAUUUCUCAAAAAGCAAAAUAUACUUUUCAUUGUGUGAAAGUUGCUACUACUGAAAAACAUAAGAUACCAGCUCAUGUGUCAUCUUGUUUAUAAGAACAUAGAUCAUAAACAUAGAUGAGAACAUAUGAUCUAUGAGAACAUAGAUCAUAAAUAUAGAUGUGUCAUCUUGUUUAUGAGAACAUAGCCUUUUCUUUGUGAAGAAAUGGCUAAAUAUAAUGUAGUGGAUAAUUUAUAGGCAUUCUGCAACUUUUGUUGAUAAUUUAUGAAAUGUGGAUUGUUGUACCCCAAUUCUGAAGAAAUUAAAUAAGAUGACCAAAUACUGUAGUUGAUUUUUAAGUUAAUGUUUAAAAGCUGAGCCACCUUGAGCUGUGGGAUGGGCGGAAAUAAAUUUGAUAAAUAAAUAAAAUAAAUAAUGCAUCCAAGCUUUGGGGACUUUUAACUGAGAAGAGCUCUGCAGAACUAUUUCAAGUAUUCCAGUGAUCCAUGUCAUAUACUCAGAUAUAUCUAUUCAUAAUUUGCCAUAUGUGUCACAGAAUUGUGAUAGAUGACACAAGGCAGUAGUCUUCUCACACAGGUUGUCCUCAGCAUUUGUCAUGCUUAAAGGUAAGCAAGUCAGAAAUCUAAACUGCAAUUAUAUUCAAUAACUAUUGAGUCGUCAGUUCAAGCCCUCAAUAUUAAGGUAGCUGGUGUUUUGAAGAAUUAAUCUAAGAACAUUGCAAAACUGGAUGUGUGACUUUUAGACAUGAAGUUCUGUUGAUGUUAUAGAGUAUCUCAGCAAAAAAAUGUUGUUUUGAAGAAUAUCUUACAGCUUUCACACUUUCUUAAAAUAUGUUCACAAUUCUUUUUACAACGUAUUGUUAUAAACUGUACAUCUAUUAAUUUUUCAUAAUUAUUUGAUAAUUUUAUUUAUAUUGUGUAUGUAUAAUCACUUUUCAAUUUACAACAAUUCAUACAUCUAAUGAAACUGAUCCUGAGAAAUGUAUGCCCCAUCUUUCUAUCAGUUUGUAGAGUAACUGAAGAUUUGUUGCGCUUGUUCUUGCAAAUCAAGACAGCUCUCCCACUGAACAUAUUACUUACAUGCUGUUUUGUUAACUAGCUAAAGCAAAAACAAAAGUUUUUCCAAACACAAGUGUGGCAUAAAAAUAAUGUAUGCAGCUUUGUAGAUUAAAUAUGGCUAUUAAACCUAGAAUAUAAUUUGCUAUUAGUUGUGUUUAUCUUUAUCUUGAAAGUAUUUUGGGAAAGAGCUUAUUUCUGUUUCAACAUAUACAUAUGCUUUACAAAUGAUGCUCAAUGCAGAAUAUGAAGCUUGCAAAGUUGAUUAAUUUGAUUUAAUAAAUGAUUACAAGUACAGACAA